AUGACUGCAUGGUUGUACGAGUAUGCCAAGAAGCAUAUGUCUAAGCAUAGCAGAGUGUACAGUGCGUAUCAGCUGGACAUUGGAGCAGGAGCUUUCAAGCGAGCUUCUGUAACUCAUCGGAAUGCAGUGACCACCGCAGUGAAAAAGAGUUCCAGAGCAACUAUUCUGGAUGCCGUAAAGGUAGAAUACGAUUCUUUUGAUCGUCAGAUUGAUUGGUGGCCGGGACAAAUUGUGUUUUGGGCCAGUCUGCUGACCAUGAAAGUGUCUUGUUCAUUUGAGAUUUCCAAUUUCCCGUUUGACAAACACCACUGUGACAUAAACGUAGGAGCUUGGAUCAUGGAUCAAAGAAUCUACAGAAUUGUUCCCUAUCUUCAAGGGCAUGAUGUCCUCGGUCUUAGAUUUUUCCACGACAACGAUGAGUGGGAUUUGAAGAAACCCGUGAGGAUAUCGCAAAAACUGCGUUAUUGGGAGCCUGAAGACAAUCAAGAUGAUGAAUCACUGGACACUAUUGUGAUUCAUCUGGAGCUGCAACGUCGGCACCUGUUCCAUGUGAUUAUCUUUGUUGUCCCCAACGCACUGCUCUACAUGUUGUCCGGUCUCGUGUUUGUGAUUCCAGUUGAAUCUGGCGAGAAAAUCUCGUUCGCGAUCACAAUUCUUCUUGCUCAGUUCGUGUCACUGGGAAUGAUCUCGGAUAUGCUACCUUCCAGCUCGCUCAGUUUCUCCAAAAUUGGAUACUUCUGCGAAGCGGCCAUUUGUCACAUGGCACUUGACUCUUUCUUCGCCAUUAUAGGUAUGAUGGUUUUGUAA